AUGGCAACUCAAAGCAACAAAGAACGUUUCUGGGGUGACUUGCAAAAGCCUAGGAAGAGCAAUGGCAAGUUGACGUACGGCUCAAGGCAGGGGACAGUGAUGAGGGGAUCAAGAUCAGAGGUUCUUAAGAAGAUGUUGGAAUCAGAUGAGGUCAAGACUUUGUCUAACCAGGUGGAGACGGUCAUACUCUCAGAGAUGAAACAAGAAGAGUUAGUAGCUUUUGUUGAGUUUAUGUACAGUGAUGGCUCUUUGCUUUCGGAGAAAGUGAAGCAACACGUUCGAUCACUCUAUCUUGUGGCAGACCAAUACGAGAUUCUGCAUCUACGGGACCUAUGCAGAGAUGAGCUUAUAUCUUCUCUAAAUUCGUUGAAUGCUCUUGAGCUCCUUGAGCUCGCCCAAACCCCUUUUGACAAAGUUCUCAACGACGCAGCCUUCAACUUCAUCAAAAUGAAUUUAAGUACGAUUGUUAGCUCUGAUGAAUUCAAGUUGUUCGUCACCAAUAACCCAAAGCUUGCCGUGGACAUAAUGAAUGCUUCUCUUUCGCGGGUAAGCAUCAAUGAACCAUCCAAGACCAGAAUUGAAAACAGAGUUGUAGUACAGGCCAAUGUCGAUGAGGAGGUGGUACAUGUCAAUGAAAAUUUCAAUGUCGACGAGGAGGUGGUACAUGUCAAUGACAAUGUCAAUGUUGAUGAGGAGGUGGCGGUGAGAAAAUCAACACGACCAAGAAAGCCAAAUAGAAAGUAUUUUGAUUACUGA